AUGUCUACCUCAACGUCCCAAUCAACGCCGUCCUCCACAUCCCCCUGGAUCAUCCUCGCAAUCACGAGCGGCGCCUUUGCUGCAUUGAACGGUGUUUUUGCGAAAUUAACCACGGACGACCAUACAACGGCCUUUGCCCAAUCCCUCGCCCACCUCUUCGGUCUGGAGUCCUCGCCGGUGAUCGAGAUGCUUACACGAGGUGCCUGCCUCGGUCUAAACGUCGUCUGCAAUAUAAUAAUGUGGGCAUUGUUCACACGCGCCCUAACAGCCGGUCCAUCCACGGUCAAAGUCUCCAUUACGAAUACGGCGUCGAACUUUUUGGCGACGGCGUUGUUUGGAAUGAUUGUUUUCCAGGAGGCUGUUGGGGGGCUUUGGUGGUUGGGGGCUGCUAUGAUGGGGGCUGGGUGUAUUUUGGUAGGGAUGAGGGAGGGAGCUUAG